AUGACCGGUGUUCAAGAAACUUCGUGUAAGCUUUGCCUCGAAACUGUAACCGUUAAAGGUUUUGAGGUAAUAGACAACGUUACUAGAGAUACUUUAGAUGUUCUUUUGCUGAAAUUGAAAUUUGAUAGCGACGACAAAGAGGUUAUAUGUAACGUUUGCAGAAGAAAGUUAAACGCAGCAUUCGAAUUUAAGGCAACUUGUCUGAAGACCGAUUACGCAAUUAUUCCGUAUGUGGAUUGUGAAAAAAUGUUACAGCUCGAUAUAAGAGAUGUGUAUACGAAGCAAAAGACAAGCGAGUCUAUGGAUAUUUCAGACGGUCAGAAAAUAUGUCGAUUGUGUAUGCAUCCAGUAGAAAGUGAGUUUAGGUGUAUACGUGAAGAGGAGUUUGAAGCUAUCGAGAAAUUGGCUCCUGAAAUGUUUCCUAAAAAAUUGCUGGGAAGUACAGGAAAAAAUUAG